AUGGCAGAAAACAGUGGCAGUGCCGAGCAGAAAUGUCUUCCACUAAUGGCUGCCACCCUAAUGAUGCGCUUCGCUUCUGAGCGGGAGCCCACCUUUGGCAUCCACAGGGCCAGUAUCUGGCCUUGGACCCCUGAAAGUCAGUUUGUCAAUUAUCCGUGUACUGGAGCAGAGAGUCACUCCACCAGCCUCAGACCUCUCCUCCCUGACCCUCAGUUUGAAGAAUCUCCAUGUUCUGGCGCUGAGAGUAACUCCACCAGCCACAGGCCUCGCUCCCCUGGCAGUCAGUGUGAAGAUUCUCAGUGUACUGGGGUGGAGAGUCACUCCACCAGCCCAGACCUUUGUGACUUCACUGAUGUAGAGGAACCUUCUGUUGUAGGCCACCAGACCCCAGAUGUCCUACCUUUGGAGCCUCCUCCCCAAGUGGAGGACCUGGGCUCUGACACCGAGUCCCCUUCUGUAUGGAGUCUGGGUAGUAUAAAGGGAGGUGACAGCACUCAAGAAGUACUGGAGAACACUCCGGAUGGCUCUGUUAAGAGGAAUCAGAGGACUUGAGUGAGGUUCACAAACUGGCACAAACAUCGCGUAACAGCCGUGUGUACUGAACAGUUUAACAAGCUGCUCAGGGAAUGCCCACAGUACCACAGCACGAAGAGCUGCUCCGCUUCUUUUGUACUGGAGAGAGAGGUGUGUGACACAGGUGGGCAGUGCUGUGAGCAGUAUGAAAUGGUAGCUCUGUGAUCAGGUCAGAGCUGCUGUAGUGGUUGGCUUUCUUACACAGGCUCCCUUGUCCACGACUGCCACGCCAUUGUCAUCGCACACAGUGCCCUCAAAAGGUACAUGUACAAGCAGCUUCUGCUGUUGUACAGUUCUAGUCCAGAGCAGAAGCAGCGUUCCAUCCUAGAAAGUGUUCCAUCCGAACGACUGCUUCAGCUCAAACCACGCAUUUACCUUCACCUGUACACUAACAAAACACACAAAGGAGCAGCUCAGUGCAUACUUUUAAAGGGCACUCGCAUCUGUUGCAUGUCCGAAAGUGCCAAACUCACCCGUUGGACUGUUACUGGAGUGCAGGGGGCGCUACUUAGACAUUUUAUAAGCCCAGCCUACAUUACCAGUAUUGUACUCGGUGAUUCCAGGCACUGCUCAAAGAAAGUGUCUGAAGUCAUCAACAAGUGCCUGGGCACUGGCUGGAAAGAUGCUCUGCCUCCUCCAUUCAAACAAACUGCCAUCUUCUUCCUGAGCGGAGAGAGGGUUGGGCCAGUCGAGAGCACGGACUACUGCAAAGACCUCAGUGUCAACUGGUGUUUGGGAGACAGUAUUGAGAUUAUGGAUAGCACCACUGGUUAUGCGAUCAACAAGUGAUACAAUACAUGCUGCCGUGUGUAUACUCCACUCAAAUUUGACUGAUGGCUGCCCGCAUGUAUCAGGAGACCAAGACUUUUGUCAAUCUGCAGUUUUUAGCCAACAACGCUGGACCUUGGAACUCCAAACACUUGGUAGAUUGCUUUAGUUGCUAAAUGAAAGGUUGAACAGCCCUUGAAAUUCACUUAGGUUCCCAGCCAUUUCAACUACAGCUUAAAGGGAUAUUUUCAUUUUAGGGUGAACUUCUCUCAUCAUUUACUCACCCUCAUGCCAUCCCAG